UUAAUUAAUAAACAAGCCCCGCCUUCGAAUCGAAUUUCGAAAUCGAAAAUCGAAAUGCAAUAACAUUAAUUUGUUUUCGAAAAACAUAACAUAAAUAACACGAAUAACACAAACGAACGACACAAAAAAUGUUUCUGGCAAUAUUCUCUAUCGCGUACAACAGUGUUUAUUACGUAAUAAGUUUCUUUUUAAGUUUUAUUUGCGCUCUCCAUACAGUGUUACCUUUUGGGAUCGAUGUCGCCUUGGUUGGCGUAGCUGCGUUUUAUAUUACGCGUCUCAAGAGACCGGACCAAGAGAAUGUGCGGAAUAUAUUCGGCCCUUUGCCAGGAUCAAAGGAGAGUUUACUUUACCCGGAUAAAAUAGUGAAGUGCAUAGCCCACAGAGGUGCGGGCUUGGAUGCCCCUGAAAACACAUUGGAGGCUUUCAAAUACUGUGUGGACAGAGAGUGUAACUUUGUAGAGCUUGAUGUGAGAACGUCAAAAGAUGGAGAACUGGUACUGCUGCAUGACUCAAGCCUCCAACGAUUGAGCGGGGUCAGCACUGACAUACGAGAGGCUGAGUGGGACAGUGUUAAGGACAUUGACGUCGGUGCCACACAUCCUAACAGACAUCUAUACAAAGAGGUACAUUUAUGUCUGCUGUCAGAGGCCUUGGACUAUUUGCUGUCAAAGAAUGUCAAGAUCAUUAUUGACGUCAAGGGAGAUGACAAGCAGGUGAUAUCCGGCGUGCUCAGGACUUUCUCGCUGAAGCCAGAGUUAUACCAGCAGGCCGUGGUCACCACCUUCAACCCUUUCACCUUGUACCAGAUUCGGCACAAGGACCCACAGAUAGUGGGCGCUAUCAGUUACCGACCGUACUGCUUCAGCGCGCAGGACUAUGACGCGGAGAGUGGUCCGAGCAAUCCCAGGUACGGGGAUAAGUUGGCGCUCCAUGGAGCCCUGCGCGUCGCCGACUUGCUGCACUCGCUGCUCUGGCGCUGGAGUGCUCGCUGGUGCGCCGCCAGCGCAGUCCUGCUGCACAAGGACAUCGUCAGCCCGAGCGAGGUGUCGUACUGGCGCUCGCUGGGGGUCCGCUGCGCCGGCUGGUGCGUGAACCGGCCGCUGGAGAAGCUGUACUGGCGCGCCGUGCUGCGGGCGCCCUACCUCGCCAACACGCUGCUGGGGGAGCCCGAGGAAAAGAGGGACCGAGACACAAGCUGUGAGGAAGCAGACCGUCCCGCUCACACUGUAGACAAAAUAUUAGACACAGAGAAACGGAUGACGUCCGGACAAAAUUAAUACAUAUCACAUAUAUAUAAUAGCGAGCCGCCAUUCGCACGAGAACUUUUUUUUACGCAUAUUAAAAAAAGCGUCCAAAUAUAGUAAGAAGUUAAAUGGAAGUCUAUUUCUAACGAUUUGACGGCCUCCGUGGCGCAGUGGUAUGCGCGGUGAAUUUACAAAACGGAGGUCCUGGGUUCGAUCCCCGGCUGGGCAUAUUGAGAUUUUCUUAAUUAGUCCCGGUCUGGCUGGUGGGAGGCUUCGGCCGUGGCUAGUCACCACUCUACAGGCAAAGACGUACCGCCAAGCGAUUUAGCGUUCCGGUGCGAUGUCGUGUCGAAACCGAAAAGUGUGUGGAUUCAUUCUCCUCCUAACAAGUUAGCCCGCUUCUAACUUAGAUUGCAUUUUCACUUACCAUCAGGUGAGAUUGCAGUCAAGGGCUAACUUGUAAAGAAUUAAAAAAAAUCUGUUUGAAUGAAUGGAAUGCAUUUGUUGUAUUUGGACGCUUUUUUAACGUCCGUGAAAAAAAACUCUCGUGCGAAUGGUGGCUUAUAGUACAAGAUCCGGCAUAAGGAAUAUAUACCCUCAUCUGUUAUUUAUUUGAGAUACCAAAAAGUCGACAUGUAAAAAAUAAAAAUAACACAAUAUUCACAUUCAAAAACAAAAACAACACAAUAUUGACAUGCAAUAAAUUAAAAUAACACAAUAUUCACAUGCAAAAAAUUAAAAUAACACAAUAUUCACAUUCAAAAACAAAAAUAACACAAUAUUGACAUGCAAAAAAUUAAAAUAACACAAUAUUCACAUGCAAAAAAUUAAAAUAACACAAUAUUCACAUUCAAAAACAAAAAUAACACAAUAUUGACAUGCAAAAAAUUAAAAUAACACAAUAUUCACAUGCAAAAAAUUAAAAUAACACAAUAUUCACAUUCAAAAACAAAAAUAACACAAUAUUGACAUGCAAAAAAAUAAAAUAACACAAUAUUGAUAUGCAAAAAAAUUAAAAUAACAUAAUAUUCACAUGCGAAAAAUUAAAAUGACACAAUAUUCACAUGCAAAAAAUAAAAACAACACAAUCUUCACAUUCAAAAAUAAAAAUAACACAAUGUACCUUAUUUAUUUAUUAUAGUAGAUGCCGCGUGGUUCCCGUUCCCGUAUGAAUACAGGGAUAAAAUAUAGCCUAUAGCCUUCCUCGAUAAAUGGGCUAUCUAACACUGAAAGAAUUUUUUAAAUCGGACCAGUAGUUCCUGAGAUUAGCGCGUUCAAACAAACAAACAAACUUUUCAGCUUUAUAAUAUUAGUAUAGAUUUGUGCUUGCAAUAUUACAAGUUUGUUACACUAGCACAUAUUAAUCUGCUGUUAUGUUAUAUAGUGUUAUAUAACAAUGAAUUUAUAUGCGGAAAAAUAAUGACACAUUUUAAUUAAAAUUAUAAUGAAACAUUGAAGAAAUAUAUAACUUUACUAGCGGACUCGCUCAAGCUUCGCUUUGACUUAUUAAUUUAUUUAUUUGCACUUCUUCCCUAUCCCUACCUUACACUACCAUACUCCUACCCCUACCCCUACCCUACCUCUACUCUACCCCUACCCUACCCUACCCUACAACUACCCUACCACUACCCUACCCCUACCCUAUCCCUAUACCAUAAACCUACCCUACCACUACCCUACCCCUACCCUAUCCCUAUACCAUACCCCUACCCUACCACUACCCUAUCCUAGGAUUUAGGGGUUUGAAAAAUAGAUGUUGGCCGAUUCUCAGACCUAUUGAAUAUGCACAAAAAAUUUCAUCAAAAUCGGUCGAGCCGUUUCGGAGGAGUUCAAGUUCGAACACCGCGACACGAGAAUUUUAUAUAUUAGAUAUAACAACGCAUUUGUAGUAAUAUAAUUUUACACCAAGUACCUACCAAAUUAUACGUAAUGUUAGUUUAAAUUAUUUUUUAUUUACUUUGUAUUUAAAACAGUCAAUACAGUUUAAUAAUAUAAUUAAAUUUUACAGUUUUUUUAUGAUGUCUUAUAUUAAAUAUUUUAUUGUAUAACUCGCAAGUGUAGGAUUGUAGUCAAGGUUAGCCCACAGAUUAAUCAAUAAUAGGCAGAUGGAGUGCACAGAACACGACGGUGUCGUAGCCGCUCCAAAUACAAAACACAAAAACGAAUACAUUCUCGAUUCAGUACGCCUAACUUAUAAAGAAUAAAAAAAAACAACAUAAUAAGCCGAGGUUCCUCCUCGUCCUUUUGCGCUGUGACGUCAUGCGUCUUCGCGACGCGUGUGCGGCAUACAUUGCGUCGAUGCGUUGCGACGAUGCAACGCAAUGCACUAAUGAGGCAUCGCUCUUAUUGUAUCGAAUAGAACGACAAACAAUGGCUUGCUGUAGCUCACUAACAUAUAAAGUCAGCCAUUGACGGUCAAUAGGGAUGAUGACAGUUUUUUAAAUUGUAUAUUAAUUAAGAGUAUACUAAUAGCAAAGCAAUUUUGUAAAGUAACAGGGUAUCUGCGAUCAUUACUUUCGGAGCUACAGGGAUUUAAAGGGUCAGAUUUGCGGCGCUGCCGCGGAUCCCUGAAAAACGAUCCAUACAAAAUGGCACGAGUUAGUGACGUCGUUGGCUCGCUGAUCGUUAGGUUUGUAUGGGCGUUCAAACAAAAUUACUAAUAUCUUUGUCAUUUGUGCGUUUAUGUUUAUAGUUCAUUUAUUGAAAAAUGUCACAUUUAAUGUAAGGAAGCUAAAACUGUAUAAAUUUUCAUCUAAUUACGAUAAAAAAAUUUAAUAGAUUUUAACAUUUUAUAAUCUUAUUUAUUUUGCAAAUAUCUAGACUAUCUUUGCUUUUUAUGUAUAAAUUAGUUAACAUUGACCUUAUUUACCCGAAUGUAUCAUAAAAAUCAAUAUAUUCAAACCUAGUCAUCAUCCCCAUUAUUCUCACGUUUCUGCAGCGCAAAUGGCAGCGAAGACGUUUCGUAAGUCAACAGUCAUCAGUUAUAGUUGUGGGUGCUGCAAAAACGUGAGAAUAAUUGCUCAUCAAUGGCGUGCAUAAGGCACCUACGCUUAAUUUUUACACAUAUUUUAAGAAGUAUUAUUAUUAUUUAUUUUAUUACCAAAAAUGUAUUAUUUUUCUAUUUGUAUCUCAGACUAAUUAAAUAAAGACCUGCCUCGCAAGACAUUAUUUUUCUGUCAAAGUAUAUGAUCAACGAUCCUAUGCGAUUGUAAACACUGACUCUAUAGAAUCGAUGUUUCAUAGUUUACAAUCGUGUCCGUCGGUUAAAAACCUCCGUAAAAAUACCUUUUUGUGUAGUUAAAUGGUGUAAAAAACGAACAAAAACAGAACAUUUUAGUAUAAGAUAUGUAUGAAAUCUAAGCUCGUUUUCCUUAGAAAAUAGCAGAAAAUUUUGUUCGUGAAUUUGGGAGCGAUACUAUUCCUUAUGUAUUUAGUCUGAGAUUUGUAUGCACAAAUUCUUGUGCACAUAUCGAAUAAUGAUAAUAAUAGCGAAUGUACAAAGUGCAAUGUGAUUAAUUUAUUUUUUUUAUUGUGGCAAUGAUUUAUUUAUAAUUAGAGUAUUUAUUAUUUAAUUCAAUAAAUAUAUUGUGAACUAAACAUUUGUGUAUUAUUACUUUCACUAAACUUUCAACUACCUCUACCCUACCCCUACCCUACCCUUAGGGAUAUAAAAAAUAGAUGUUGGCCUAUUCUCAUAGAUACCGGAUAAGCACAAAAAAUUUCAUCAAAAUCGGUCAAGCCGUUUCGGAGGAGUAUGGCAACGAAAACUGUGACACGAGAGUUUUAUAUAUU